UACGAUAAAGAUAAAACAUCAUAUUUAUUCUUUCAGUUGGUCAUGAGUACAUGACGAUUUGACGUAAUGACGUAAUACUGUGUUCGGUAAAUGACGAUUGGUGACUACUAAGUACUAACUAUAGGUGUUGGCGGUGGUAGUCAUACCGUCGUAUAUCUGGGUGCCGGCAAUCUCGUUGUAGUAUUUAUAUUGCAGGUAAAUCGGUUCCUCUGUCCUCCGCACAAUCGACGGUUACUACGACAUUGCCGUCAAUCGUCAUAUUCACUCGGUCUACCUAGUACCUCCACAAUCCGUGCUCUUCGUGUGUUCUGAUCAAUGGUAAAAACUAAAAGUCCUAAACCAACAUGAACCUGUUCAGACUUUGCGGCGACAUGAUACACCUACUCGCGAACCUAAUGUUACCGGUCGUGAUGUGGAAAACUCAAUCUUGCGCCGGUAUUUCAAGAAAAACUCAAAUACUUUUUGCAACUGUUUUUACAACAAGAUAUAUAGACUUAUUCAUACAUUUUGUGUCUAUAUACAAUAGUUUUAUGAAAAUAGUGUUCCUAACAUUGUCAUACAUAACUUUACACUUGAUGUUUUAUACAUUUAAGUCAACAUACGAUCACAAAAAUGAUCGUUUUAGAAUCGUGUACUUGAUUGUACCAUCAUUGGUGCUAUCAUUUGUCUUUGUACAUGUCUAUACUGUGAUAGAGAUUGUAUGGACAUGUAGUUUUUAUUUGGAGUCAGUUGCAAUUGUACCACAAUUAUUUAUGGUGCCAAGAACAAGUCAAGAUGAAUCCAUUAUUUCACACUAUUUAUUUGCUCUAGGAUCUUACAAAGCACUGUAUUUACUAAAUUGGAUUUACCGUUAUUAUGAAGAACAUUACUUUGAUUCGAUUGUAAUUGUGGCUGGAAUUGUGGAAACUGUCAUCACAUAUUUUGGUUAUUUUUCAAUCUUCAUUAGACCAAAAGCUAAUAAUGGACCAAUUCGAGUAGUUGUAACAGAUGCUGCUGGUCAACUUGCUUACUCUUUGAUAUUCAAGAUUGCUAAUGGCGAUGUUUUUGGAACUAAACAACAAGUAAUAUUACACCUUAUAGACAUUCCAUCUGCAAUGGAAAUUCUUGAAGGUGUAUGCAUGGAAAUUGAAGAUCUAGCUUUACCUUUAGUCAAAGGUUGUGUGAAAACAACUAAAUUAGAAGAAGCAUUUAAAGAUGUUGAUGCUGCUUUCUUAUUAGGCACAAUGCCAGAUAGUGAAAGUAAAGAAAAAAAAGACUUUCUGUCAUCUAAUGUGAAGAUUUUCAAAUUACUAGGUGGCGCUUUAGAUAAAUAUGCAAAGAAAGAUAUUAAAGUUUUAGUGAUUGGAAAUUCAGCCAACACUAAUGCUUUAAUAUGCUCUUUACACGCUCCUUCCAUACCCAAGAAGAACUUUACUGCAAUGACAAGACUUAUUCAAAAUCGAGCCCAGUCUGCUAUUGCUAUAUAUCUUAGACUAAGUGUAAGUAAUAUAAAAAAUGUUACAAUCUGGGGUAAUCAAUCAUCAACUCAAUUCCCAGAUGUUUUUAAUGCAUCAGUACAAUUAUGUGACAGCUCAAAAAGUGUAUAUGACACCAUAAAAGAUACACAAUGGCUCGAAGAAGAUUUUAUUAAGAUUAUUCAAAGUAGGGAGGCAGCUGUCAUUCAAGCUAAAAAGAAUUCAUCAGCUAUGUCUGCCGCUAAAGCAGCUGUUGAUCACAUGCAUGACUGGUGGUUUGGAACUUCGAAUGGAACCUGGGUUUCAAUGGGAGUUAUAUCUGAUGGUUCAUAUGGCGUGCCCAAAGAUUUGAUUUACUCUAUGCCAGUAACUAUUUAUAAAAAACAAUGGAAAAUUGUGCAGGGUUUAAAAAUAACUAAUUUUGCAAAGAAAAAAUUGGAUUUGACUACUGAAGAACUGUUGUAUGAAAAAGAAAAAGCUUUGGAAAUUUGCAAUCUUUGUUGUGUAUAACUUUUGACUGACUAAAAAAUCUGGAUAGACUACUAUAUUUAAGACAUAACUUUUAACAACAAAUAUGAUUUUUACCAUUUUUGGAUAAUUUUCUUGUCUCAUAAGCAGUAACGUAAAUUGUCACCUUGGUUACAAUAAUAUUGAUAUCAAUGUAAAUC